AUCGCAUCGCAUCGCACUACCCAAAUGCCCACAACAGAGCGAGAGAGCGCAGAUGCAGUUUGGGAUUAAUAUUGGUAUGGAGAUGGCAACACUGUGGAGUGGAGUAGAGUGGUGUGGUGUUGUGCCCCAACAGCAGGGCUUCGAUUCUGACCUGGAGGAGAAUCUAGAUUCUUAUAAUAGUGCCCCCCAUAAGCCAAUGCUAUAAUGUGAUCACGGUGACACAUUGUAGUUGGAGAAUCCGAAUAAUUUCCUUCUCGCCCCGUUUGUCAGAGCACUUCGUACGCUAAUAAAGUGAAGAUUAGAACUGGAAGUGUGGCGAAGAACGGAUAAUCUGUUUUAGACCUCAUUUGUUCUUUUUUGUUUCUUUUUUGUUUUUUGCAAUUUCCGGCAACGGAAAUGUACGUCAAAGUUUGGGUUGGAAUGGACCCUUGCCUGCUUUCUACCCCCCCACACCUCUCUUUUCACACCCUUGUGUGGAUGGAUGUUUUGGUUGCGAUGAUUGUGUACUUGCCCUUACCUUUUUUUCCUGUGCUGCUGUGCUUUGAAUGAUUGUACUCCGCCAACCUAGGAUUGAGUGAUGACACCGUGAAUGCGCCACUGUGGAUGCGAUUGUGAGAAGAGUUAUAUUAUUGCGUGUACAAUUUGAGCGCCUGCCAUGUGAAGUCCACGCAUCCGGCAGCCAGAACCCAGAACACGGGUUGUGUAGAAUCGAGAUCAGUCAAAGGCGUAGGUAGUAGGCCUUCUUUCCCUUCACCUCCUCGCACUCAACACUGUUUGUUUCUCCCUCUCCUCCCACCUCUGAUUGUUGCGGGUGCCGAGUCGGUCGUCUCCAUUUUGAAGUACUGUGAAGAAAUGGCUGCUCACAGAAAAUUGCACACUGUAAUUCCGAUCCCAACCUACCUCUGGGCAGGCACUCGGCAACGUUCUCCCGAGUGUUGUGCUUGAAAAAUGUCGCAAUCUUAUCGUUGGGUCGAGACACCUCCUGCACAGUUCACGUCACGAGGAGGUCGCUACAUGGGGCAUCGUAAGAAUUUCAGAAAACCAAGGUCGUGGAAACACACUGAAGCCAUUACUCGCGCACAGCUGAAGCAGAUGAGAGACGAGUUUUGGGAUACAGCUCUUCACUAUGGUGGUCAGAAAGAAAUUUGGGACGCUCUUCGAGCUGCUGCUGGAGCUGAAAUCAAUCUGGCGCAACUAAUUGUUGAUAGCGCUGGUAUUAUCGUCCAGUCUGAAGAUUUGUCUACUUGUUAUGAUGAAAGAGGUGCUAAGUAUGACCUACCCACUUAUGUGUUGAGUGAGCCAACAAACAUCAAAGAGGACUAGCCCUUCUGUUACUGCCGGUGUUACCGUGACGUAUUUUUAUUUAACAGCGGCCGAUGGAUACUUCUGUAAGGAGCCGUGCAAGUUCAACAUCUGUAUUCGUGUGCUUGGAUUCAAUGGCCAAACUUGAAUUGCUCCUUUGAUUGCA